AUGGAAGAAACCAAUCAGAAUAAAACAAUUUAUCACCUUCCAGAAGAGAUCAUUGCUAAAAUAUUCAAAUCUUUGAACACCGGAUCAUUAAAAUCUGCUGCGCUUGCUUGCAAAUUAUGGAAUGAUAUAGCAUCCAGAAUGGAUUGGAAACUGAAAUUAGAUUCUGGAAAUGCCUCAGAAUAUCAUGACGCAUGGAUUGAAGAGUUGCUGGAGAGCAAACGAAAAUUUGUGUCGGUCAAACUUGAAUCAAAGCAUGAAUGGAACAAUCGUUUGGUGGAUAUUUUCGAGAAACAUGGAAAUCAAGUUCAGUUAUUAACUCUCUAUUCAUGCACAAUCAACAACAUGGGAAUUUUUUGUAAAAUUUUAAAUGCUAUGUUAAAAUUGAAGAAAAUUGUUUGCCUUAAAACAUCAACUGAAAAUGGAUUGCCAACUGAAUUUGCCGAAGGUAACUUGCCCCAACUUCAAAAGCUCGAAACCUUGGAGUUAGCAGACUGUAGCUAUAAUAUGCUGGGAUGCUUCGAAAAAGCCCAAAUCAACACUUUUAAAAUUUAUGGAUCUUAUAAUGAUGAAAAACAAGAUUCAAAGAUUUUGUUUCACUUUUUAGCCACCCAAAAGUACAUCAAAUGCCUUGCCUUACGACAAUUAAACGAACAAAAUUGUCAAAUCUUUGAAUCUCCUAUCAAAAUUGAAAAUGUUCCUUUCAAAUUGAAGAAACUUUCAUUAUGGAACAUCAAACUUCGUGAAACGCCAAACGAUUACAAUAACUUGUUGAAGUUUCUUCAAUUCCAUUCUAACACAGUCGAAGAGUUGGAACUGAGAACUAAUUAUCCCAGCUUCAUAAUCGAAUAUAUUUUUUCAAAGUUCAAGAGACUUUCAUCAUUAAGAAUCGAUGGAGAAAUAAUCCCAAAAGACUUAAGUUUUUAUCAGCGACUUGAAGUCAAUCCAAGUGUAAAACGACUCAUAAUUUUCUGUCCACCUAAAAGUAGUGAUACUUCAAAAGAGUUUUACAAACACAUUCCUAAUGUUGAAACAUUAGUCAUAGUGGCAGGAAGUGUCAGCAGCAUGGCAAUCGCUUCAAGUGUAUUUACUCGAUUAAAACAUUUAGAAGUUCCUCAUACAUAUGAAACAUUCGACAACGAUUUCAAGAGACUUUCAUCAUUAAGAAUCGAUGGAGAAAUAAUGCCGGAAGAAUUAAAUUUCUAUGAGCGACUCGAAAUCAAUCCAAGUGUCAAAAGACUCAUAAUUUACUUUCCGCGUCGAAGUAAUGAUGUUAUAAAAGAGUUCUACAAACACAUUCCCAAUGUUGAAACAUUAGUCAUAGUGGCAGGAAGUGUCAGCAGCAUGGCAAUCGCUUCAAGUGUAUUUACUCGAUUAAAGCAUUUAGAAGUUCCUUGUACAAAUGAAACAUUCGGGAGUGAUGUAAAGUUUCCAAAUUUGCGGACAAUUUAUUUUGGCUGUAUCAGUUGUCCAAUAGACUGGACAACACUUGCAGCUAAUAAUCCAAAGGUGACGAAAAUAAGAAUUGAAACAAUCAAAGGAAGUAUAAACUAUGUUAUGAUGUUGAGUCAAAUGAAAUUACAAAUUUUAGACCUUACAGCUAUUUACACCGACGAUAAUUUCUUUAAAGCUUUACGUGAAAAUACUCAAGAUUUGAAAUUGUUUCGUAUUCAUAAAGAUAGUUUUGAAGGAAAUCUUCCGGAUCUUUCUGAUAUUAAAUGUCUGAGCUUGAAUGACGAUGCAUUUGGAGAUUGUAUUAGAACUGGAGAAUUUUGGGAUUACGGAGACUACGAAGAUGAUUCAAAUGAAGUGCUGUGA